AUGGCAGAUGGAUGGAUGGAUAAAAAGGGUAGGACUCUUAUAAAUCUUUUGGUGAAUGGUACCAAAGGAAAUGUAUUUGUCGAAUCAGUUAAUACUUCUGGCUAUUCUUACACAAUGGAUAAGAUGUUUGAGUUACUUUAUAAAUUUGUGUAUUGCAUUGGAGAAAAUAAUAUGGUUCAUAUUAUAACAGAUAAUGCAAGCCGCAAUGUCAAUGCAGGGAAGGAUUGCAGCAGGGUGUUGUGUACUGUGCAUCAACAAUCAGGGGCUGUGAGGGAGUGGAAAGCUCUGCUGUGUAGUAUUCCAACAGCAAACCCUGAGUUCCAGCACAAGGCACGGCUGCAAAUUGAGAAAUGCUCGAGCCACUUGUUGCUAAUUUCGCAAGGGAAACAAAAUUCUGAGAAGUUGCAAAGGAUAGCCGAGUUUCUUAUUGCAGAGUCAUCGAGUCUGAAAUCAAUCAAAGAUUUGAGCUACUUUGAAAGCAAGCAAUACAAUGCUUUUGAUGUUACUAAACAAAUCUAUGGGAGGAACAGUGACCGGGAGCAUAUCAUUAGCUGGCUACUGCUCGGUACAAAUUCCAGAUUUUCUCUUUUUGAGGAUGAACGCAGUAGAAAUAAGUUCUCUGCUAUUGCGAUAGUCGGCGAGGCAGGUGUUGGAAAAACAGCACUAGCUAAGGAAGUAUACAAUGAUCCCCUCAUAUGCAAAUACUUCAACUCAAGAGUCUGGCUUCACUUCACUGAGGAAUCUGAUGCUGUAAGCUUAUCAAAAGCAUUUUUUGUCUCUAUAACUGGAAAAUCAUGUGAUGGUAAAGAACCAGUUCAUCUUCAAAGUGUUAUGAAGGAAACACUAAAAGGAAAAAAGCUUUUGCUCGUGCUGGAUGAUCCUCAUGACCUGAAUCCGAGACUGUGGGAAUACUUGCAAGCUCCCUUAGCUGGUGUCAGAAUGGCCAAGUUUAUAAUUACUAGCCUGACUGAGCUAGACGCUAGCAAAUUAAGAGGAAUUGAAUCUUAUCCAUUGGGUUGCUUGCAUAUAGAUCUGUCAUGGGACUUAUUCCAGUACUAUGCAUUUCGUGAAGAUUCCAGUCACCCACCUGAACUCGUUGAAAUUGGAAAAUAUAUUGUACAAAAGUGCAGGGGAUUGCCUAUAGCUGUGAAAACUCUUGGAAGCCUUCUUGGUUAUCAAAUGGAUAGACGGAUAUGGAUAGAUGUUUUGGAGAGUGAAUUGUGGAAACUACAAGAAACUGAAAAUGACAUUUCUCCAGCACUUCAGUUGAGCUACUAUCUAUUGCCCACUUAUUUGAAACCGUGUUUCCUCUACUGUUCUCUGUUUCCUAGGGGAUGUAAGUUUGACAAAUAUGAGUUAGUCAGAUUGUGGAUGGCCCAAGGUUACAUUCAGCAUGAGGAUGAGGAUGAGGAUGAUCAAAGUCUGGAAACCGUUGGUUGUAAUUACUUCCAUGAGUUGCAGAUGUUAACAAUUUUUGACAGAUCAUGGGAUGGGACAUUCACAAUCCAUGACUUGCUAUAUGAUGUGUCGAAGUAUAUGUCAAAUGGAGAAUGCUCUUCCUUGUCAGAUGGGAAGAUGUAUACGGACUCAGGUAAAAUUCGCCAGUUAUAUGUGACAAGUAGCAAGAAGACAAAUGAACUCCACUCUUCUAAUGAAAACUUGACAUUGCAGUUAUUAUAUAAAAGUUUAGGUGGUGUCUUACCUAAUGAUAUUUUAACUAUGGCAUUGAUCAAGUCCAUGCAAGGCAUUCGGGCCUUGGAGUUGACACAUCAUGGAGAUUCUUCAAUAGCUGAAACAAUUCAGGAGAGAGCAUUGGAUAAACUUAAUGCAUCUUCAGUAUCAAACCUACGAUUCAUUCACUUGCGCUAUCUUCGAAUUUGUGAUAGAUUUAUUGAACUCCUUCCUGCAGCUGUGUGUCAGCUUUACAACCUCCAGACACUGACCUUGGACAAAUGUUUAAAGUUAAGAGAACUACCAAGUGACAUAUGCAUGCUUGUUAACCUACGCUAUCUUGAACUUUCUGAAGCAAACAUUGAAAUGUUUCCGGAAUCUAUUUGUCUGUUAAGAAACCUUCAAUCCUUGAUAGUUGAUUAUUGCAGAAAUCUGAAGGAGCUACCCCGCAACAUUGGCAAUCUUUUCAACCUUUGUCAUCUUGGGCUUUGUGGAACAUCUAUCAAAAGGUUGCCUGAAUCUGUCGAUCGCUUAUCCAAACUGCCAACACUAAAAUUGGACCACUGCAAAAUCCUAAUGGAGUUGCCCAGUUCCAUAGGAAACCUUGUGAACCUUCAACAUGUAACUGUUUGUAAGACAAAAAUCACAAAACUACCUGAGUCCCUCUGUUUGUUGUCCAACCUGCUCACUUUAGAUUUGGCUUACAGCAAUCUUUCAGAAUUACCCAAUGACAUAGGUAACCUCUCCAACUUAAAUUACCUUGCACUUUCAUAUACAAAUAUUUCUAUUCUUCCAGAGGCAUUAUGUCAAUUGACUAGCCUUCGUACAUUGAAGUUGAAUGGUUGCACAAAUCUUUCUCAAUUACCGAGUGGUAUUGGAGCCUUGAAAAGAUUAAGCCACCUGGUAGUUUCUGGCAUAGAUAUCGAACAUAUGCCAGCGUCUGUAUGCCAAUUGUUUAGCCUAGAAGCUCUUGAGAUGGAUGGCUGCAGAAGGUUUUUCAGUUUACCUGAUGACAUUGGAUAUCUUACUGAACUGCGUCAACUUAAGCUUUCGGAUACAGAAAUACAAGAGUUACCUGAAUCAAUAUGUCAGCUAUCUAAGCUGCAAAAUCUGGAGCUGAAUGGUUGCCAAAGGCUCUCCAAGUUACCUGAGAGUAUUGGAGAUCUUUCAGAACUUAGUAAUCUAGAAGUCACAGAGACAAAAAUCAAGGCAUUGCCCGUAUCAUUCUGUCGGCUUUCUAAUCUGCAAGUGCUAAAUCUGAAUGGUAAUUUGGAUCUUCAAGAGUUGCCCAGUGGCAUUGAAAACCUUGCUAAUUUGUCUCAACUUGAACUUUCUGAAGUUGGCAUUGAGGUACUUCCUAGAUGCAUUGGCAGAUUGACUAACCUAGAGAAGUUGAGUUUUGAGCACAAGCAGAAACCAUUUGAGAAUUAUCAGUUAUAAGCUUACUAAAGAAGACACUCUCAACUGUUGUGUUCUUACCACUUGCAGUCUUGGUACGCAAAUUUCAUGUUUUGAAUUAUUAUAACAGUUUGUCGAUGCUGCUUUCUUUGUUUCUGAAAAAUGCAACUCUUAGAAGUUUACCUGG